AUGAAUAGAUGGUGUCAGCAGGCAGAAAUAUGCAACCACCGUCAUACUGCCCUGAGCCAUUUGGGCAGAAAUGCUGCUUGUCGUCCGGGUGGGUAUCUUGGCGUUGCCCGGGAAAUCAAAAUGGCCUCUCGGUGGGUUCUGCUUUUUGUGACGAUUCUUGUCGCUACGGCUUGUGGCGAUCCAGAACAUGAGUUCGAUGCACCCCAAACACUACCCGAUCGCCAGACGAUGGUGCAUCUUUUCGAGUGGAAAUGGACCGAUAUCGCGCGAGAAUGUGAGAACUUCCUGCAAUACUACGGCUACGGUGCUGUGCAGAUAUCGCCACCAAACGAGCACGUGAUCAUCUACAAGGACAACGAUCUGCCGUGGUGGGUACGCUAUCAACCGGUCAGCUAUAAGCUGGAGAGUAGAUCCGGAACACGCGAGGAGUUUAUCGAUAUGGUGAACAGAUGCAACAAAGUCGGUGUGAGAAUCAUUGUGGACGCGGUAUUAAACCAUAUGACAGGUGCAAACAUGAAGUAUGGUGAGAACGGCGUAUCGUCGUGGAACGGUUCGUACUUCGACUCAACACCCGGACGCGAGCAAUUCCCAGCGGUCCCGUACGGAGCGGGUGACACGAAUGACUGGCGUUGCAACGGGGAUAUCCAGGGCAGUGACUAUCAGCAAAGUGCGAUUGACGUGCGUUUUGCUCUUAUUUCUUGUUGUUUUCAUAGUAUAGGGGGGUGGUAA